GUGAGCGGCGCCGAGCCUGAGGUCGCCCAGACGCCGUCGGGGCGGAGUCGGGUCGCGAGGCUGCACCCCGGCCGGCGGUUCCGGAGCUUCCCGCCUGCGGAGUGCGGCUGGGGAGGCGCGGCCCGGGAACGCCCGAGCUUAGGGAGGUGAGCGUCCGAGGCAGGCCAGGCCGGGAGGAGGCGGCGCCCGGCGCGGGGACGGCCUGCGGCCGCCGGGGCUCCAAAAACCUUUGUGGGCGCUGGCGGGCACCCCGGCGUCUGUCACCGACCCCCGCGCUGGGAUCUGGACUCCGGCCCCGCCGCGGGGUGCUCCCUCGCCAUUGGCGGUGCACCCGCGUCCAGCUGGCCACCGUGGACGCCGGGCUUGGCGUUUCCUCCCGGGCCCGCCCUGCCCGCUCCGUGUGGGCCUCGCGGACUCGGGGCACCGGGACCCCGAGGGCAGGGCGGAGGCAGCCGGGCCCCGGUUUCCGAGUACGUCCCCAGGACGGCCACCCCUCCCGCCUCGGGACACCCAGCGCUUUCAUCUUCAAAGCCGUUUUCUGGCCAGGCGCGGUGGUUCACGCCUGUCAUUCCAGCACUUUGGGAGGCCGAGGUGGGCAGAUCAGGAGAUCAAGACCAUCCUGGCUAACAUGGUGAAACCCCAUCUCUACUAAACACUCCUGUAAUCCCAGCACGUUGGGAGGCCGAGGCGGGCGGAUGACGAGGUCAGGAGAUCGAGACCAUCCUAACACGGUGAAACCCCGUCUCUACUAAAAAUACAAAAAAUUAGCCGGGCGUGGUGGUGGGCACUUGUAGUCCCAGCUACUUGGGAGGCUGAGGCAGGAGAAUGGCGUGAACCCAGGAGGCGGAGCUUGCAGUGAGCAGAGAUCAAGCCAUUGCACUCCCGCCUGAGCGACAGAGCGAGACUCCGUCUCAAAAAAAAUGAAGCUUGUGUUAGAAAUGGGAUACAUGGGAUCGGGCGUGGUGGCUCACACCUGUAAUCCUAGAUUUUUGGGAUGCCAAGGUGGGCAGAUCACCUGAGAUCAGGAGUUCGAGAUCAGCCUGGGCAACACGGUGAAACCUCGUCUCUACUAAAAAUACAUAAAUUAGCCGGGUGUGGUAGCGGGUACUUGUAGUCCCAGCUACUUGGGAGGCUGAGGCAGGAAAAUUGCUUGAACCCGGGAGGCAGAGCGCGGAGUGAGCCGAGAUCACGCCACUGCGCCACUGCACUCCAGCCUGACCAACAGAGCGAGACUCCGCCUCAAAAAGCCGUUUUUUGUGGAGUCAGGAGAUGAUUUGUUGGCGGGAGGGAGAGGAACCAGAUCUGCCUUCUGGAGACUGCACCGUCCUCACGGGAGAGCCAGAAAGAGGACAUGGCUGCCGGGCAGCGGGAAGCGAGGCCCCAGGUGUCACUGACAUUCGAGGACGUGGCUGUGCUCUUUACCCGGGAUGAGUGGAGAAAGCUGGCUCCUUCUCAGAGAAACUUGUACCGGGAUGUGAUGCUGGAGAACUAUAGGAACCUGGUCUCACUGGGGCUCCCAUUUACCAAACCAAAAGUGAUCUCCCUGUUGCAGCAAGGAGAAGAUCCCUGGAAGGUGGAGAAAGACAGUUCUGGCGUCUCCUCUUUAGGAUCGAAGAGCAGUCAUAAAACCACAAAGUCAACGCAAACACAAGACUCUUCAUUUCAGGGACUGAUACUGAAAAGAUCCAACAGGAAUGUACCUUGGGAUUUGAAAUUAGAAAAGCCUUACAUAUAUGAAGGCAGAUUAGAGAAAAAGCAGGAUAAAAAGGGAAGUUUUCAGAUAGGUUCAGCUACCCACAAAAAAAUCCCCACUAUAGAAAGAAGCCAUAAAAAUACUGAAUUGAGCCAAAACUUCAGCCCAAAGUCAGUGCUUAUUAGGCAACAGAUACUUUCCAGAGAAAAAACACCACCAAAAUGUGAAAUACAAGGAAACAGCCUCAAACAGAAUUCACAUUUACUUAACCAACCAAAAAUUACAGCGGAUAAACGCUAUAAAUGUAGUCUGUGUGAAAAAACCUUCAUUAACACUUCAUCCCUUCGUAAACAUGAGAAAAACCAUAGUGGAGAGAAACUAUUUAAGUGUAAAGAAUGUUCAAAAGCCUUUAGCCAAAGUUCAGCUCUUAUUCAACAUCAAAUAACGCAUACUGGAGAGAAACCCUACAUAUGUAAAGAAUGUGGGAAAGCCUUUACUCUCAGUACAUCCCUUUAUAAACAUCUAAGAACCCAUACUGUGGAGAAAUCCUAUAGAUGUAAAGAAUGUGGUAAAUCCUUCAGCCGAAGGUCAGGCCUUUUUAUACAUCAAAAAAUUCAUGCUGAAGAAAACCCUUGUAAGUAUAAUCCAGGUAGGAAGGCAUCUAGUUGCAGCACAUCCCUUUCUGGAUGUCAAAGAAUUCAUUCUAGAAAGAAGUCCUACUUAUGUAAUGAAUGUGGCAACACCUUUAAGUCUAGCUCAUCCCUUCGUUAUCAUCAGAGAAUUCACACUGGAGAGAAACCUUUUAAAUGUAGUGAAUGUGGGAGGGCCUUCAGCCAGAGUGCCUCUCUUAUUCAACAUGAAAGAAUUCACACUGGAGAAAAGCCCUAUAGAUGCAAUGAAUGUGGGAAAGGCUUUACUUCUAUUUCACGACUUAAUAGACACCGAAUAAUUCAUACUGGAGAGAAGUUUUAUAAUUGUAAUGAAUGUGGUAAAGCCUUAAGCUCCCACUCAACACUUAUUAUUCAUGAGCGAAUUCAUACUGGAGAAAAACCAUGUAAAUGUAAAGUAUGUGGAAAAGCUUUCAGACAGAGUUCAGCUCUCAUUCAACAUCAGAGAAUGCAUACUGGAGAAAGACCCUAUAAGUGUAAUGAGUGUGGGAAAACAUUCAGGUGUAACUCAUCGCUUAGUAAUCACCAGAGAAUUCAUACUGGAGAGAAACCAUAUCGAUGUGAGGAAUGUGGGAUAUCUUUUGGCCAAAGUUCAGCUCUUAUUCAACAUCGAAGGAUUCAUACAGGAGAAAAACCCUUUAAAUGUAAUACAUGUGGAAAAACUUUUAGACAGAGCUCAUCACGUAUUGCACAUCAGAGAAUUCAUACUGGAGAGAAACCCUAUGAAUGUAAUACAUGUGGGAAACUUUUCAACCAUAGGUCAUCUCUUACUAAUCAUUAUAAAAUUCAUAUCGAAGAGGACCCCUAGAAAGUCGAUUUGUAUGUGUGAAAGCCUUAAACCAAAGCUCAUCAAAGAAUACAUCCUUGAGAGAGAUGUAAUAAAUGUCAUGGAUGUGGAAAAAAAGUAAUAAUUUAGCCCUCAUUAGGUAUUCAAUUCCAUGGAUAAACCUCAACUAUAUAAUAGAUAUGAGGAAAGUGUUUGUGCCUGUCAGACACUUAAAAAAAUAACCUGAGAUGAAGAAUUUACAAUUGGAGACAUUGACUUUAGCCAUUUGUGAAAUGGGUUUGCUUUUUCCCUUUUCCUACAGACGUAUAUGCUAGAUGUCACGUGAUCAUCAGUAACAGCUAUCUGGGUGGGGAGGUAUGCUUUAGAUUUCUCAGAAGACCACCAAACUGGUAAUAUUUUUAUAGCAUUUUAAUAGCAUACAAAUGAAUUGAUCAAAUUGUACCUUUUUAGAGAAAAGGACCAAAAUAAAAGAAAAAUGAAUUAUGAACUA